AUGCGUUCCACCUCUGCUCUUACCGUUCUCGUUGCCCUCGCCGUUGGCAUGGACGCUUCGCCGACUGGCCUCAAGCGCGAGGAUGCUACUCCCGCUCUCCAGGCCCGCGAGCCUCAGUUCAGUCUGAACAUUCCGAACGGCAUCCCCGUCAGCGGCGCCUUCCGCAACGGUCUGACCGUCACGCCCAAGGUCGGCGGCGGCUCCAUCGUCACCGGCAACCAGAACAGCACUCUCUUCGGUCAGCUUAGCAGCAUCUUCCCGUUCGGCUUCAAGCGCGACGGAGAUGUUGAGGCGAUUGUUGACGUCGAGGCUACACACACGCUCGAUGCCCGCGAGCCGCAGUUCUCGCUCAACAUUCCGAACUCGAUCCCUGUUUCCGGAGCCUUCCGCAACGGCCUGACUGUCACCCCGAAGGUCGGCGGCGGCUCCAUUGUCACUGGCCAGCAGAACAGCACGCUCCUCGGUCAGCUCUUUGGCGGCUUUGGCUUCAAGCGCGACGAUGAGCUCGAGCACGCAACCCCCGCGCUUGCUGCCCGCGAACCCCAGUUCUCGCUGAACAUUCCCAACUCCAUCCCUGUCUCUGGCGCGUUCCGCAACGGCCUCACCGUGACGCCCAAGCUCGGCGGCGGAUCCAUCGUCACCGGCAACCGUAACUCGACGCUUUUCGGCCAGUUCGGCUUCAAGCGCGAGGAUGGCGAGGAGGUCGAGGCCACACAGACGCUUGAGGCGCGCGAGCCCCAGUUCUCGCUCAACAUCCCCAACUCCAUUCCCGUUUCCGGCGCUUUCCGCAACGGUCUGACCGUUACGCCCAAGGUUGGCGGCGGAUCUAUCGUCACCGGCAACCGCAACUCGACGCUCUUCGGCCAGUUCGGCUUCAAGCGCGAGGACGGCGAGGAGCUUGAGGCCACGCAGACGCUCGAGGCGCGCGAGCCCCAGUUCUCGCUCAACAUCCCGAACAGCAUCCCCGUUUCCGGCGCUUUCCGCAACGGUCUGACCGUGACACCCAAGCUUGGCGGCGGUAGCAUCGUCACGGGCAACCAGAACUCGACGCUUUUCGGCCAGCUUGGCUCGAUCUUCCCUUUCGGCCUUAAGCGCGACGAGUAG